UUUAACUAUACCUAAUGAUAAACGAUACCUCUUCCACACCUUAUUAUACCCAAUGUAUCCCAAAGCGUUAAUUCACAAACCUGACCAGAAAAGAAGCACCACACCAAUACAACAACUCACAAAAGCUGGCUGUAUAAAGUAUCUCUCACAAGCAUUUGAAUCACGGCUAAGAAAAGAAGUGUCCCCCAUUUUGGUGAAGUAUUUGACGAAGAACAACAAAACAACAUUCGAAGACGUAUCAAGUCACGUAAAGGAAACGUAUCUCAGAAAACAAAAGGGAAGAAAAACGAUAUAUGGUAUUUACAAUGAUGUAGUAACUGCAUACAACGAAGUCAACAGUAACAAAAUAAACCGUGUACAAGUGAAAGCUUCCUUUGACUCUUUGUCCAUUGAUUAUAUUCGCCAGUGGAACACGUUUAUUGACGAAAAUUUGGAUGACCGAAUAAGAAUCUUGUACGAACAACAACAACAACAACAACAACAACAACAACAACAACAACAACAACAACGACGAUCAUCAUCAUCGAUUAAAUACAAAUACCUUACAGUAUCGUGCCCAUGGAAAAAUAUCUUGCGGUCGGACUUGGACGUAGAAGAGCAACAAAUCAUUAAUGACACGAUAUCAUGUGCAAGCGAAGCAACCACAAACGUAAUGAUGGACGUGGCUAGUAUUGUUAAAAUGGAUUUACAGACUAGAACCUUGUAAUGGAUCUGAAGUGAAAAUCUUUGAUAUUGUACCUCAAUCAAAAUUUACCAAGGAAUUAGAUGAACCGCUGUGCUUGGCUCCUCCUAAAUUAGAUGAUCAAAAGC